GAAUCAAGCCGGGGUGACGGGUUGUGAUUGGCUGCAGGGGAAGUCAACGGUGUCUCAGUGUCUGUGAGGUUUCUGCUGACAUGACUGCAGAGAUGUGUGUUCCUCUGGUGGUUCUUCUCAGUGUCGUCCUGCUUGGCUCGGUGUCAGCUGGAGGUUUCUACUGUGCGAAAACAGCGAGAGCCCGGGCCGCCGCCUUGGGUUUGGAUUAUCCUGGAGUUCAUGGAGCCCCGGAAUUCUCUGGACCGGCUCACCAUGAGAUGCACCCUGACACGAUGCCUUUGAGGCCUCGACUGUAUGAAGGCACUGAUCCUUACCUGGACGAGGGAGAAUCUCACGUGGCCUCUGACGGACACGCUCAACACCAAGUGGGAUCAUUCAAUGAUGCUGCACAUCAACAAGCUCACCCCAAGAGUUCUGAUUCCACGUCUCUAAUGAGCCACGGCGCCUACAACCCAGUUCAAAGUGAAUACACCAGUUUUCCCAGAGGACAGACGGACAGUAACCACAACUCCAAUUUUGAGGAGGUCAAGCAUGUUGCUCCACCAAAGCUGUUUCGAGCCUCGGGCCAGUCUGACCUUGCGAAUUGGGAUCCUCAAGGUCGCGGCGAGUCGCUCUCAUUUGUCGACAACAAGCACAACCUUGUUUUUGACGAGUCUGCCCCAAAUAGACGUGGCAUGUCUCUGACUGGACUCACCCCGCCCCGAAGCAGGGGUCAUGGCACUUACCACAGGGGUCUAACCGGAUUUGGCCCGAGCAGAGAAAUCCUUGUCCUUGCUUCAUCUCAUUUCCCCAGCAAAGGCCACGCCAGAGCGAUGAUCAACCGAAGUCCCGCGUUUGGUAGACAGGGAAAGAUUCGGCUCUCUGACCAUCGAGUUCAGUACCUGCACAGAAACCCGGGUGUCAAACAGUUUGCUCAAGGUAACCCUGCUCUUAGACUCAGGAUGAUUUAAAGAAAGAAGAUGUUGAACCAAAGACUCUGACUGGAAGCUCGGCUCUCUGUGAGGAGUUAUUAAAGUUAACAGGCAUUUUGUGAAGUAAGAGGGCCAUUUCAGAAUCUAUUUGAAUCUACUUUUACUGAAUGAAGCAAUGUCCAACUUAUCUUUGUUCAACCUGCUGCAUUAUUGCUCUUGAACAAAAUACAUCACACUUUCCUGCCUGAAUAUAAAAUGUAUAAAUCCUAAAAA